AUGUCUGGAGAAUCGGACAUUGCGCUGCCUGCGGUCGAGCGAGUCAGCCAAACCACGUUCAUGGCAAUAACAUGGACCGCCACGUGGUUCUCGUUCCUCAUGCUCGUCAUGCGCGUCGCCAUCCGCCUACGCACCCUCCGCAAACUCCUCGCCGACGACUACCUCGUCAUCGCCGCCUGGCUGAUGCUCCUCACGUCGGCCAGCCUGUGGCAGGACAGGAUCGGCGCCAUGUACUGGAUGUACGACAUCCAGACGGGCGAGCGGCCUCCCAGCCUCGACUUCAUCGAUGUGUACGGCCGCUUCCUGCCCCUCGUCGUGGCCUGGAACAUCCUCUUCUACUCGUGCCUGUGGGCGGUCAAAUUCUCCUUCAUGCUCUUCUUCCGCCGGCUGGGCGACGGCGUCCUGAGCAAGGUCUGGUGGUGGGCUGUCAUGGUGCUCACGGCGAUCGGCUGGGUUGCCUGCAUUGCCGACAUUGAUUGGGGCUGCAGCCUCAGCGAGAUCACGUUCAUCAUGCAGCACUGCAUUCUGAAGUCGCAGGUCCAGUUUGACGAUCGGACGUUCUACGCCAACAUGGCCGUGGACGUGGUGACCGACCUGCUCAUCCUGACGAUUCCGUUUCGGAUUCUGUGGAACGUUCGAAUCCCGUUCAAGAAGAAGGCUCUGCUGCUCGGCGUCUUCUCGCUCACGAUCAUCAUCAUGGUCGUCGCCAUCAUCCGCGUGGCGCUGGUCAAGGGCAUCUCCAGUGAAGUCCGGGUGUCCAGCAUCGACUGGCUCUACUUCUGGUCCAACAUCGAGGCCGGCAUCGCCAUCGUCGUUGCCUGCCUCGCUUCUUUUCGACAGCUCUUCGUAUACAACAAGGAGAGCCAGGAGGGCUCGGGGCGGUCGGGCCGGCGCAACCCUUGGAGCCUUCGGUCGCUCAUGGGCUUCACGCGCCUCACAAAAGGAAGCAGCAUCAGGCCGCUGCAAGGUACGGAGGACACGUGGGGUUCUGGCCGAGGAGUGCACGCUGGAAGUCACGACUCUGCAGAGCAUAUUGUGCCUCUGGAGUCGGUUCACGUCAAGCAGAGCUUCGAGGUCACCACGAGCGACUCCAACUCGGCCACAACGCGCAAGGUCAAGGCGCGGAAUGGGGGAUAUGAUUACAUUUAG